GCCAAUUUUAAGCUUCCCAACCCCCAAGGGCCCGUUACCCUGCCGGCGUUCCUCAUAAUAGUGCAUAGUGCCCUGGCGAGAUAUUGGACCUGAGCUGGGAGUUCCGUAACGCAGAUGUAGGAGGUGCUCGAUUCUACGUAACAUACUGUUCUGUCACGGGGCAUCUCUUAACAUCCAACUACGAUGACCGCUCUCAAGGUUUCGAAAACGGAGCUAAGGCUGAAGAUGAAAGCUGCGCUUUCUGCUCUAUCUCACGAUGAUAUCGCGACGCAAACUUCGAUGGCUGUUCGAAAUCUCAAAAAUAUGCCCGAGUACCAACGGGCCAGACGAAUAAGCAUAUUUCUAUCAAUGCCAAGUGGUGAAAUAUCAACCUCAGCCAUUGUUCGUGAUGCGCUAGCCAGCGGAAAAGAAGUCUUUAUUCCAUACACAUACAAGGCCAUAACUCACCACGAUGGUCAACCUAGCUCAGUCAUGGACAUGGUGAAGCUAUGGUCGAUGAACGACUAUGAUUCCCUAAAACCAGACAGAUGGGGUAUUCCAACUCCAAGUCCAGAUUCUAUCCCAGAAAGACGAAACUCCUUUGACAGUAAAGGUAUCACUAACCACUCGAUCGCCUCAAGAAGUAGCCUUGAUCUCAUUGUGAUGCCAGGCAUGGGCUUUGACACUGAGCUCGGUAGGUUAGGUCACGGGAAAGGCUUCUAUGACUAUUUUCUGUGGCGUUGCUCCCAGCAAUUAGGGACCGCUGACUAUACGAGAAUGCCGUUUCUUGGUAAGCUCACACUCUGUACAUGCGUAUGAAAUGUCUCCCAUUGCUGACGUCUCGCAGUUGGUAUUGCAUUGAAAGAGCAGCUACUUCCUGUGGGAGAAAAGGUGCCGACGGACCAGAGUGACUGGCGCCUUGAUGCCCUGGUGGUAGGUGAUGGGCAUGUUCUACGUGCGUCGACGUAGACUUUGGACCUGUCGAC